AUGGUCUACCCCGAUACUUUUGAAGGCUUUCAGGUGGAUGGCUCCGAGACUUGGACAACAUUCACCAAACGAGAAGGACAGAUUAAACCAAAACCGUUUGGAGACUAUGAUGUCGACGUGAAAAUCCUCGCCUGUGGCGUGUGUGGGUCGGAUGUCCAUACCAUAACCGGCGGCUGGGGACCAAAACACUUCCCUCUCUGCAUCGGCCAUGAGAUUGUCGGAGAAGCACUCCGUGUUGGCCCCAAGGUCACCUUAAUAAAGACGGGAGAGCGUGUUGGCGUAGGUGCUCAGAUCUACUCGUGCUUGGACUGCAAGCAAUGCAAGAAUGACAACGAGACCUACUGCCGCCACCAAAUCGACACUUAUGGUGCCAUUUGGCCAGAUACCGGAAUCGUCUCCCAAGGUGGAUAUGCGAGUCAUAUUCGUGCCCAUGAGGUACGAGAUUCCAGCGUCGAAAAGAAAGACCACUUGCUAAUAGUUGCGAAGCACUGGGUAUUUCCAAUUCCAGAUGCACUUAAGACUACAGAGGUAGCGCCAAUGCUUUGCGCAGGGCUGACGGCAUUCAGCCCCCUCGUGCGUAAUGGUGCUGGACCUGGGAAAAAGGUUGGUAUUGUCGGGCUCGGAGGAAUUGGCCAUUUUGGUAUUCUCUUUGCGAAAGCUCUCGGAGCUGAGACGUGGGUCAUCUCGAGAUCCCAUGCCAAAGAAGCUGACUCCUUGAAAUUGGGAGCAGACGGUUUCAUUGCUACCGCGGACAAGGAGUGGAACGAGCCUCAUCGGAUGACAUUUGACCUUAUCGUCAACACUGCUAAUAGUAGCGAUGGGUUCGAUUUGGGGAAAUAUCUUUCUCUUCUCGAUGUUCACGGUAGAUGGAUUAGUGUUGGUCUGCCAGAGGGAGCUGGACAGGAGAUCAAGUCAAAUAUGUUCAUGGAGAAUGGGUGUUUGAUCGGCGCAACUCAUCUUGGUUCUAGGAAAGAGGUUCUAAGAAUGCUACAACUCGCGGCUGAUAAGGGUAUCCAUCCAUGGGUGGAAGGAAUUCCGAUCUCAGAAAAGGGGUGCGCUGAAGCUGUGAUGAGACUACAGAAGAAUGAUGUAAAAUACCGCUUCACACUGACGAAUUUCGACAAGGCUUUCUCGACCUAA